CCACUGCAGUCGAGUUCCUGAACAUGGGUUCUUUCAUGUCCCAGCCUUUGGACACUGUCAAGGUCGCCGCGCCUCCUGAGACUGCCUCUUCCGCCAACCCUACGCCCCUCGAAGCACCCGGGGCCCCGACCUCUCCAGAACAACGCCGCACGUUUAAUAACUGCUGGAGCUGUCGCGUGCUCUCCGGGUCGGGGUUGAUAGGGGCGGGCGGGUACGUGUACUGGGUUGCACGGAAGCCAAUGAAGAUGGGAGUGCCCUCGAGUCCAGGGACUGUUAUGCAGAUGGUCAUCGGCAUCAGCAUUGCUUGUUGGGGUGUUGUCAUCCUGUCAGACCCCAAAGGGAAGGCCUUCCGCGUUGUUUGAAAGUAUCACCGGUGAAUUUGUCAUCUUUCCCUGUCCCCAUGAUACACAGAGCAAGGGGCUUAUGGACGUUCUGGACAGACACAUGGACAUUGAUAUACUACAGUUCUGAAGAUACUACUGGACUGAAAAAACAAACAGUUGGCAUUUUUGGCCAUGAGUGUUUGUGGCAUUCUAGGGUUCCACAAGGACCAAUAAAUUCCUCAGAGAACAGAACAGGUUCUUUGUCUUACCUGGGGAAGGAAGGUAUACUUUUUUAAAAAGCCCUGGCCAGGUAGCUCAGUUGG